AUGUCAAGAAAGCACAAGCAGGAAGAUAGGCAUGACCAUAAAGAACCUCGCCGAAUUACAACAACGAUAGAAGACAAUGAUAAUAAACAUCGACCAAGACCAUCAUCGAUAGAGGAAAAUGAUGAUAAAUAUCGCCAACGAAGAUCAUCUAUAGAAGAAAAUGAUGAUAACCUUCGCCGAAGACCGUCGUCGAUAGAAGAAAAUUAUAAUAAACAUCGCCGAAGAACAUCGUCGGUAGAAGAAAAUGAUAAACUUCGCCGAAGAACAUCGUCGACUGGAGGGAAAGAUGAAUCCACAGAAAAAAGUGAUGGGAAACCAAGCCCUCGUUCUACAGUUGAAGAUGACAGAAAAUUUCCAAAAGUGAAACGUAUGCAUAAUGUCUGUUGUUCCCAUUGUGGCGACGCAGAUGGAGGCUGUACAAAAUCAAGACUUUUAGAAAACCACAUAUCAAUUACGUCACCGUCAAAUUCGAGUCUACCAUUUCAUGUGACAAACGUAACAAAGUACAUAGCAAUGCUCGAAGGAGAAAUUAAAAUUCGAAGAAAAGAUAACGCGUCGACAAGAAAAGGGGUCAACGAAUUCAUUGAAAGUUUAAAUAAAGCAAUGGACGGGAUUUCAAACAUUCCCUUGAAGAUGCUCAAUUCUGGUUCUCACUAUGACAAAACUACGAUUGAGUACGAUGACGAAUUUGAUUUUAUGGUUUGUCCAAGCGGAAAGUUUGAGGCAGUUUUCACAAAUUGUCCUCCUGGAUUUUGUAAGAUAAGGAAAGGUCGAACAACCAUUGACGACCUGGAUCAGGCUUUAAACAAAGAUGGAUAUCUCGUUCCCGAACUCUUUAAACAAAAAAUGUUCAGCAUUUUUGAGGAUUGUAUAACAAGUCCUGGUUUUAGACAAGGAAGAAGAAUAAAAAGAAUGCCACGUAAACCAGAGAGUCCGGCUUUCACACUCCAAUUUGACCUGGGCUCAGGAAUACCAACAGUAGAUAUUGACUUGGUGCCUGCUAUAAAAAUAGACUCCUGGCCUUCCACUGGGAGGAAAAUAUGUCCAGAAUGGAUAGGAACUGAUAAUGUGCAAAAAGCAAUGAAAUGUUUUCAUGUGGUCACAAAGACCUACCCAGGAGGUAAGAUAAGCGACAGCUAUUC